AUGUGUGCACCUAAGCAGAGGAGAAAGGACUUGAUUGCACCGCAAUAUGUGAUGGAUGAGUGGAAAAAUGGUGACAAAAACGCAAUGGCGGCGCUUCUUGAACAGGUAAAUUGGCAGAAGGACGAAUUUUUCAGUCAGGUUUUGGUGAUUGUGAAGCGUAAAAAGACCUAUCAGCUCGUCAUUGACGAGGGCUGGUAUAGCGAGGGUGAACUUGAAGAGCUCGGUUGGUCGAAGAACAAGAUAGAAGGAGCAAAGAAUCGUUGCAUUGCCCUGGGGGCUAGCCACUCCCGGCGCAACAGCUACGAUGGUGAAAUGGAGUACUGGGUCGUUGUGAAGGAAUCCGCCAAGAGGUGGACGACAUUCCGAAGUCGGAUCUUGGUGAUGAUUUCACAGAGCUUGAAGCUCGUGAGAAAAGGGAGGUGCAUUCGUUCGCUGGAGAGCCACAUCAAGGCAAUGGAUUCGCAGUAUGACCUGUGUCAUGAAGCAUGGGCGACCGGUGAAGUGGAGAAGUUCAUGACAGAGAAGUGCUCAAAGGCCAUAGCUUGCGAAAACAAAGUCAGGACUGCCAAGAAGUACUAUGACAAGAAGACCGAUCCUGAGGAAACGCACUCGGAACCCAAGAAGGCCCCAUGUGCUGAAGCGAUCCGGACGGCCAAGAAUUUCGUGGCUGAUGUUGGCCCCGAACUUGCAGCCAAGUCUGGGGGUCUUGUGGAUCUAGCCAAAAGGAAUGAAGGGAAUGCAGAAAGAGAUUGUAACCGUUUGAUGUCCAAACGGUUGGGGUUAACAAUCCCCAUUCGAAAGCAUUACCUCAAAAAGGAAACCAGGUCAAAAUCUCGGAUACCAUUUCUUCGUUUCCGCGACUGGCUAUCAUUCUUGAUCCAGCACAAUUGCACUCACAUUUUGGCUGGUUUGGUCCGUCCUGAUCACCAGCGGGAAGGAGAUAUAUGGCAGGCCUUUUGGGAACGAUACGAAAAACAGAACCCAGAGCAUCCAAUUUUUGCAAGGGUCAGGGCUGGAGAGGUGAACCUUCGACGCUGUGUACCAUUACUGCUACACGGCGACGAAGGCAGAAGCAAACAAAGGCAACCAUUUUUGAUUCUGAAUUUACAUUCACCACUGGGAAGAGGAGUUGCGGGUGCUUUGGAGGCUGGCCAAAAAAAAGGGUACCUGAAGAUGUUGCCCAACUUUUUGGGUCAUAGUUGUACGAACAGGUUCCUGGUGAGUGCAGUGACCAAAAAAAAUUACACCGGAAAAAAUGCUGGAAAUUUCAAAGAGCUUUUACAAACUGUAGCUGAAGAGCUUCUCUUUGUGACCAACAGCGGCUUGCAGUUGAAGUCUGGCGAAAGGUGGUGGGGUUGCUUCAUUGGCCUUGUAGGGGAUUGGCCAUGGUUGGCAAAGUGUGGUCUGGACCGCAGUUUCAUGAAUGUUCUCAAACACAAAGGCCCUGAAAAUGGUGCAGUACGAGACUGCAAAGGGAUUUGUCAUCUGUGUUCUGCGGGCAAACCGAACUAUCCCUACGAGCAAAUCAACAGCAAGACUCCGCUGUGGGAAGCUUCUAUUCUACAGGAGACACCCUUCCCGGAUCCAAGCCCAUUUGAAAUUGUGCCACACACAGAAGGCCAAUUGCCAGCUUUGUAUCAUUACGAUCUAUUUCACUGCUUUCAUUUGGGAAUGGGAACAAAUUUUCUGGGUUCAGCUUUGUCACUGUUGGCGGCUUUGGAACCGCAACCUACUGUGGACCAAAGGUUUGAGUCUCUUUCGGCUUCCUACGUGGGGUGGUGCCGUGCAAACCAUGUUCAAGCCCAUUGCCAAAGAAUCACAAAAGAACAUCUCAGUUGGAACCAGAGUUAUCCGACUGCCACCUGGCACAAGGGUGACUUGACGACAAGCUUGAUGCGGUAUGUAGAGGCUCGGUUUACUUCGGAAAACUGGGAUGAUCAUGAUCCUAUGCUUCUGGGUGCUGGUCAGGCAGCUGUUGCGAUCAAUACUUGCUUUCGGCUUAUCUACAAUUCAGAAGCCUGGAUUGAACCUCAACGUGCAAAGUUGGCUGCUCAGCAUGGGCUACGUUUUCUUCGGAGGUAUGCCUCUCUAGCCAGUGAUGCUCACAGGAGGGGUCUCAAACAUUGGCUCAUCAUGCCAAAAGCGCAUGCACUACACCACAUAUUUUUAGGGAUGUGGUGGGCAGCCGCCAAAGGCCAAUGCCUAAAUCCCUUAUGUCUCAGUGUCCAGCAGGACGAAGAUUAUAUUGGACGUGGUUCACGACUUAGUCGCCACGUCCAUAUCAAUACUUGUGAGGAAAGGGUGGUAGAUAGACACAUGAUGGCAGUGUACGCGGAGUACGUUCAGUGUGGAUAUUUAAUUCGAGCGAAAGGGAGUUAA